AUGGCUUUGAGGUGCAAUACCAGCCUGGAGACCAUAACCCUGCUGACUAUUUCUCCCGACACCCUGUUGAGGUACCAAAAGAAGAUCUCCAACGCUCGACUGAAGAGUUUGUUUGCCUCACCUUGGAAACAGCCCGGCCUAACACUGUCCUUUGACGAGGUUCGAGCAAGUGCGGACAGGCUUUACACGGCCAUUGCGGAAGCCAUCGACAACAAUACCUGGCAUCGACUGACAAAGGAGUUCCCCUCCACAAGAGACACAGAGGAGAUCAAUAAACUCACGAAAGUGAGAGAGCAGCUCUCCACACAGACCAACAUCAUCCUUCAGGGCACAAGGAUCCUGAUACCCAGACCUCUAUGCAUACGUGCAGUGCAGCUGGCUCAUGUUGGCCAUCAGGGUAUGGUAAAAACAAAACAGCUUCUACGCACAAAGGUGUGGUUCCCAAAAAUGGACAGUCUCUGCACCGAAACCAUCCAGGCCUGUGUUCCAUGUCAAGCCUGUGACGAGAGGUCGCACCAAGAACCCCUCAGCAUGACAAAACUUCCUGAGCGACCCUGGGCAGAGAUUGCUAUCGACCUUCAUGACCCCUUGCAGUCAGGAAAAUACCUGCUUGUUAUCAUUGACGAGCAAUCUCGCUUCCCAGUGCUGGAGGUGGUUCGGUCAACAUCCGCCAAACAGAUACUUCCAAGACUCCGCAAGACUUUUGCUCUCUUUGGGACACCAGACGUGGUUAAGUCCGACAAUGGUCCACCCUUCAACGGCAAGGACGUGGCAUCUUUUGCUGCAGAACUGAACUUUCACCACAGAAAAGUGACUCCAUAUUGGCCUCAAGCCAACGGCACUGUAGAGAGGUUUAUGAGGCCUCUUGUGAAACUCAUCCAGACCGCUCACAUAGAGGCCAAGGAUCUCGAGAUGGAACUGGACGCAUACCUUGCCAGUUACCGGCAGACUCCCCCCCUCACCACAGGCUGCACACCAUACGGCAUGAUGUUUGGAAGGGUUGCCAAAGGUCUACUGCCCACUGUUACACCACCAGAAUGUCAGCAAACAGAAACACAAGAUCAUCAAAAAAAAAAGAACAUCAAGGCUUAUGCUGAUCAACGCAGACGGGCACACCAUCGCGAAUUCUCUGUGGGGGAGGGAGUCAUCAAAAAGCGCGAAACAAGAAGGAAACAUCAAUCAGUAUACGACCCAGAACAACUGACAGUCAUCGCCACAAAGGGAAACACAAUCAUCGCUGCAAGCAAAGAAAGGAAAAAAAGUUUGCCGAAACAAGACGUUCUUCAAGAAGCUGCCAAUGCCCAACUACGUUGGAGGGCCAGAAUCAGUCCCAGAGAUGAUGAUGAUGAUGCCCAGGCAGGCAACUUUACAGUCGUCAAGUCGUCCACAUCAGCGGCGGACAAGGCCGAAAAGACUCGUGGAACAGUGUUAGCCUCUUGCAGACUGCCUCCAAAUAGGGAGAGAUGUAGUGUCUAG